CGACUGCUCGCUCGCUCACUCGCUCGCUCGCUCCCUCCCUCCCUCCGCCGGUGGGUUAGUCAGUCAGUCAGUCCGCCAGCAGCCGGCGGGCCCGCGAGCCGCAGAGGGCCCGAGUCUCGGCGCCGGCGCCUUCUCCUGCCAUUGUUCGUCGGGCUUCUGCAGCGGCGGGCUCGGGAGCCCCGGCCCCGGGGACCACUGCAACAUCAUGACAACAGAGAAGAAUUUAGUGGCUGAAGCUGAAAAUUCACAGCACCAACAACAGAAGGAAGAAGGUGAGGGAGCCACAAAUUCAGGCCAACAAGAAACUCAGCUGGAAGAGGCUUCUCAAGAGGCAGCUGAGGGAGAUAAUCAGUGUGAGCAGAAGCUGAAAACAUCUAAUGGAGAUACUCCUACACAUGAAGACUUAACCAGAAACAAGGAGCGGACAUCAGAAAAUAGGGGCCUGUCACGGCUGUUCUCCUCAUUUCUCAAAAGGCCAAAGUCUCAGGUUUCUGAGGAAGAAGGCAAAGACGUAGAGUCAGCUAAAGAGAAAUGUGAAGGAGGUCAGAAAGAGAUAGAAUUUGGACCCAGUCUUGAUGAAGAGAUCAUUUUAAAAGCCCCAAUUGCAGCUCCUGAACCUGAACUCAAAACAGACCCAUCCUUGGAUCUUCAUUCAUUAAGCAGUGCAGAAACACAGCCUGCUCAGGAAGAACACAGAGAGGAUCCAGACUUUGAAACUAAGGAAGGAGGAGGCCUUGAAGACUGCUCUAAAAUAGAAGUAAAAGAAGAAAGUUGUGACUCAAAAGCAGAAAGAGAAUUAAAAGCUUCCCAGAAAUCAAUCAGAAGACACAGAAACAUGCAUUGCAAGGUUUCUUUGUUGGAUGACACAGUUUAUGAAUGUGUUGUGGAGAAACAUGCUAAGGGACAAGAUUUGCUUAAACGAGUGUGUGAGCACCUCAAUCUUUUGGAAGAGGACUACUUUGGUCUAGCCGUUUGGGAUAAUGCAACCUCAAAGACAUGGCUGGAUUCUGCCAAAGAAAUAAAAAAGCAAGUUCGUGGUGUCCCCUGGAAUUUCACAUUUAAUGUAAAGUUUUAUCCACCUGACCCAGCACAGUUAACAGAAGAUAUAACAAGAUAUUAUUUAUGCCUUCAGCUUCGACAGGAUAUAGUUGUGGGACGUCUGCCCUGUUCCUUUGCCACCUUAGCAUUAUUAGGUUCUUACACCAUCCAGUCUGAGCUGGGAGACUAUGACCCAGAACUUCAUGGUGCCGAUUAUGUUAGUGAUUUUAAACUGGCCCCAAAUCAGACCAAGGAACUUGAAGAGAAGGUCAUGGAACUGCAUAAGUCAUACAGGUCCAUGACUCCAGCUCAAGCUGACCUGGAAUUUCUUGAGAAUGCCAAAAAGUUGUCUAUGUAUGGUGUUGACCUUCAUAAAGCAAAGGACUUGGAAGGAGUGGAUAUCAUCCUAGGUGUCUGCUCUAGUGGCCUUCUGGUUUAUAAAGAUAAGCUGAGAAUUAACCGCUUUCCUUGGCCCAAAGUGUUGAAGAUUUCUUACAAACGUAGCAGCUUUUUCAUCAAGAUCCGACCUGGAGAGCAAGAACAAUAUGAGAGUACCAUUGGAUUCAAACUUCCCAGUUACCGAGCAGCUAAGAAAUUAUGGAAAGUCUGUGUAGAGCAUCACACGUUUUUCAGACUGACAUCUACAGACACCCUUCCUAAAAGCAAAUUUCUUGCACUGGGAUCCAAAUUUCGAUACAGUGGACGGACUCAGGCACAGACCAGGCAAGCUAGUGCCCUGAUUGACAGACCUGCCCCACACUUCGAGCGUACAGCAAGCAAACGGGCAUCCCGGAGCCUUGAUGGAGCAGCAGCUGUUGAUUCAGACCGAAGUCCCCGGCCCACCUCUGCACCAGCCAUUGCUCAGAGUGAGGACACAGAGGUUUCUAAAGCACAGAAGGAAACAGUGAAGGUUGAAGAGCAAAAGGAAGAAGUGCCGCCCGAGCAAGCUGAGCCAGAGCCCACAGAAGCGUGGAAGGUGGAAAAAACCCACAUCGAGGUCACAGUACCCACCUCAAAUGGUGACCAAACACAGAAAAAGAGAGAGAGACUAGAUGGUGAAAACAUUUAUAUCAGACAUAGCAAUUUAAUGUUGGAGGAUUUAGACAAAAGUCAAGAAGAGAUAAAAAAACAUCAUGCCAGCAUCAGUGAGCUGAAAAAGAACUUCAUGGAAUCUGUACCAGAACCACGGCCUAGUGAAUGGGAUAAACGCUUAUCCACUCAUUCCCCAUUCCGAACGCUUAACAUCAAUGGGCAGCUUCCCACAGGAGAAGGAAAUAUAAAUGGCAUUCGAACAGAGGAGGUGGCUGCCGUGACAAAGGGGCCAUCUACCAAUCCUGACUCUGAAUGGGAUGGUCCCAAGCACUCAGUAAUUCCUAGUAAGAGCCAAAUGACCACCCCGUCGGAGUCUCCACAAAGCUUUGAGUUUGGCUCCCUCUCCAUAAGCAGCAAGGAGACAGAAGAGAAGGAGCAGGGGGCAGCUGGCUAUCUUGAUGUUAAGAAAAUGCCAAGAGGCUCAAGUGGGGAAUGUAUAGGAGUGGAGGAACAGGCCAGUGCCUUAAAGUUCUCAGUAUCACCAGCUUCCUCUCAGCUGCAACUUGGUGAAAAAAAGGCAGAGAGUAGUGAAGAAUAUGUUACACCAGGAGAGCCACUUGGAAAGCAAAAUGGAUCAUUUCAUGACUCUCGUGUGGGUAACCAGUUCCCCACCCUCAUUCGAAGUUUCCAGCCUCCCCUGGUGAAGACUCAGACCGUCACCAUCUCAGAUACUGCCAAUGCUGUGAAAAGUGAAAUCCCAACCAAAGAUGUCCCUAUUGUUCACACUGAGACCAAGACCAUCACUUAUGAGGCUGCCCAGACCGACGACAGCAAUGGGGACUUGGACCCGGGAGUCUUGCUGACAGCUCAGACCAUCACAUCUGAGACGACAAGCAGCACAACCACAACUCAGAUUACCAAGACUGUAAAAGGUGGGAUUUCAGAGACCCGGAUUGAGAAGAGAAUUGUGAUCACAGGAGAUGCCGAUAUUGACCAUGAUCAGGUCCUUGUACAGGCCAUCAAGGAGGCAAAGGAGCAGCACCCAGACAUGUCAGUGACCAAGGUGGUCGUCCAUCAGGAGACCGAAAUCUCUGAGGAAUGAGCUCAGGAACUAUCCUACCCCAACUCCCGGCCUGUCUCCCAUCCAAGAGAAAACCAGCAAAAUGAUAAAGAAGCUUACCUGCAAUAGUCAAGACAUCAGGCUUUCAAAAUUACUCUAAACCACCAGAAAAUUAAUUUCGUUUUCUAUUUGGAGUUUAUACCGAGAGAGUCUUCUAGACAUUGCUGAUUCUUUUAAUACCUUUUUCUAUAUUGUGAUACCAGAAAUUGUUCAACUUUUCACUCUGUGGACUGUUUUUAAAGAGCUUUUUGUUUUUUUAUGCGGUGGUUUGUAACCCCUUCAACCUAGCCUCUCCCCAUUUAUUUCCAACUCAGAUACUGACAGGUCUACAGAAUUCUUGAGGAAAUCCUCCAGAGACUGUCAGCUGUGUUGGGGGCCAAAGCCAGCUUAAUGGGGCUUCCCUGCUCCUCCCCUAGUUUUAUACCCUUUCGAUGUCAGCAGAAACUUCAUGAACCAGCCCUUUCUCAGAGCCAAUGAUGUGACUUUACCAAGUGAGGCAGGGCACCUGUCCUGAUCCACAGACCCCAGGGAGACAUCCCUGUCUUUCUGUUGAGGGUGGUUUUGGUGAGGCAGAGAUCUCUGCUAAGAAUGUAGUAUUGUUUUUCCUUCUUUCCUCCUAUUCUUUCUUUUUGGAGCUUCGUUAGAUCAAAGACAUAAGAAGUUGUUUCAGAUAUA